GACAGUCUCAUACAUCCAAUCAGAAUAGGGCCCGCCCCCAAGCCCAAGAGGAGGCAGGUUUGACGCUUGGAAGCUCCGCCCCUCGCGGACGUGUGACGUCAGAGUCGCCAUGGCCAGCUAUCCUUACGGGCAGGGCUGCCCAGGAGCUGGGGGACAAGCACCUGGAGCCCCUCCGGGUAGCUACUACCCCGGACCCCCCCACGGUGGAGGGCAGUAUGGGAGCGGGGUACCCCCUGGUGGCGUAUAUGGGGGAGGUCCUGCCCCUGGAGGGCCUUACGGACCACCAGCUGGUGGAGGACCCUAUGGACACCCCCACCCUGGGGGGCUCCCUUCUGGAACUCCAGGAGGACCCUAUGGUGGCGCAGCCCCAGGGGGCCCCUAUGGUACACCACCUCCAAAUUCCUUCGGUGCCGGACCUUAUGGACAGGGACCACCUCCUCCAGGUGGCAUUCCUCCCAACGUGGAUCCCGAGGCUUACUCCUGGUUCCAGUCAGUGGACUCUGAUCACAGUGGCUACAUCUCCAUCAAGGAGCUGAAGCAGGCCCUGGUCAACUCCAACUGGUCCUCGUUCAAUGAUGAGACGUGCCUUAUGAUGAUAAACAUGUUUGACAAGACCAAGUCAGGCCGCAUCGACGUCUACGGUUUCUCCGCCCUGUGGAAGUUCAUCCAGCAGUGGAAGAACCUCUUCCAGCAGUAUGACCGGGACUGCUCGGGCUCCAUUAGCUACACAGAGCUGCAGCAAGCUCUGUCCCAGAUGGGCUACAACCUGAGCCCCCAGUUCACCCAGCUCCUGGUCUCCCGUUACUGCCCGCGCUCCGCCAAUCCUGCCAUGCAGCUGGAUCGCUUCAUUCAGGUCUGCACCCAGCUGCAGGUGCUGACCGAGGCCUUCCGGGAGAAGGACACAGCUGUGCAGGGCAGCAUUCGGCUCAGCUUCGAGGACUUCGUCACCAUGACAGCCUCUCGGAUGCUAUGACCAGCCCAUCCGCAGAGUGGGGAGCGCGCCAGGCGACGACGUUUCCUAGCUCCUGGGGUGGGAGAAGCAUGUGGGCCUCUCUUCCUUUCCUGCCCCUUCUAGAAAAAGAAGUCUCCCUUGCAUGAUGCAGCAGUGUUCCCAAAGAGUGCUGGGAGUCUGUGUCAUGGCCACCAAGUAGUGGGGGCCUUGGCUGAGGCCACACAGGUAGGGGCCUGACCGAGGAGAGGACUGGAAGUUGAAUGUCCUUAUAUCCCUGAGCAUUUAAAUGGCACAUCCUUGCGCCAGUUGCAAGACAUGCGAGUCACAGCUGUGGAGUUAGUGCCCAGUUGGCUGGCUCCAGCCUCUAGCUUUUCCUUCUGUACCCUGACGCCAGUGGUAAGUAUUCGUCAGCUUCUUCCCAUUAGCGCCUGCAUUCCCUUGCCCGUGCUGUCUUGUCAAACCGACCCCAUUUCUCCAAUGCAGAACCUGACCGGGGUAGGGGUGAGAGAUCUGCCCAUGGGACCAGUGGCUUGGAUUCCACCCCCACAAGGCCGUAUGUGGUUGACUUCUAGCUGCCCAGGGGUUGUCCCUGCUCAGGGAGCUUGGGCCGUCUGCUCUCUGGGCACCUUUGGCCAGGCGACCCCUCUGCAGCUCGGACCCCUCACUUGCCUGCGUCUUCUGCUUGGCUUCAGUCCCCAGGGAACAAGUUGCCACCUCCCACUGCCAAUGCUUUUUUAUUUGUGGUUUUGUUUUUUUUUCAUCUGGGGCCAAAAAGUUCAGUGACACCGUAAGCUUCAAUAUAAGAAUAAAAUUCUGGAGUUCCGUGUUUUUCACCACA